CUAGAAAUAAAAUAAUAUUUAUUUUAGGCGACGUAUGCACGUCUUAAGUCAAAUUCUAAAUCUAGAUUCCAGAUCUCGAAUCUCGAUUUUUCCAGAAUGUCUAGAUUAUCUAGAAUCUAAAAUUGUACAAACUAAAAUAAUGAAAAUAAAUUAUGAAUGGCAAGCAUAGAUCCAGACCUGAUUGGCAGAUUGAAGAAAAUUUCUGGUAUUCUCCAGCUGCCUUACAACAUCAACAAUAAAGUUGGUGAUGAAUGCAGUGAUGAUGAAGAUGAUGAAUAUGAAGAUACAGUUUAUAUUGGUGAAGGAGCCUCUGACAGAAUUGUUACAUCAAAAUUUCCAAAGGAAAAAGAUGUGGUUAUCAAGGUAUCCAGCGCAAAAAGUCUCAGCUGUAAAGGAAGAUUUCUGUUGACUCAGAGCUACUGGCAUGUGACGGUCUGGGUGGAGAAGAAAUAUUUGAGGCUACCACCCUCAUAUCAGAUCAUCAAAGAUGAUUCUCUAGUCAGGCAACAAAAUCUGGUGACAAUAUUUUUAAGUGAUUGCCUUAGCCAGGUGAAAGAUAAAUCUGUAGACAAAGAUGGGUUGAAAGCAUGCUUUGAAGCUUUCUGCAGAGUGUCUCACAAGGAAGAAAGCCUGAGUUUCUUUACUCUUGAAGAAACCUUGAAAGAGUAUCUGAAGCUGGAACCAAAACAAUGUUACCUGGACAUGCUACCACAGGCUAUGUACGGGAAUCACAAAAGAGAAGACCACUCUAUUCCGAUGAUGGAACAUGUUAUUGGGAGCGAGCUUGGGGCCACAGUGCUGUUGGCUGGGUCACACCCACUGUUGGUGAAAACUCUGUCAGAACUGCUGCCGUUUUCCUUCGCCCAGAUCCUGCACAAGUUGAAAAGUUCAAGUUGUUUCAGACCAACCGCCAACGCCCAGAAACAUGGGAUGGAGAUUGUGGAGAAAAAGAAAAGAUAUCUUGCAGCAGAAGCUGAAGAUGCUACAGUGACGACUGCAAACGAAAUGGCCACAGAAAGACCCUGGGAAUUUGUUUUUAAAGAUAUAAUUGGCAAGAAACUCCACAUCUACGGCACAGAAGCAAAGCUGAAAACCUACAAGGAAAUGGGCUACAUGUCCAAGACACCGCAGACACCCAAAGAUGCUGUUUACAUCUACGAUGUUCUUAAAACUGACAGCAGUCGCAAUGGGAACAUGUACAUGGGGCUGAAGAAGCUGAAACUCAGUAACCUGUUAAAGAAAUUAGACUACUCUAUCACUUCAGACAAAAGAUGGUCAGAAGCUCUAACUUACCUGGAGAACAAUGGUGUCAUCAAGUGUGAAGUUGUGCAGGGGGAUACAAAUGUCUUCUUGCUACACAACUGGAAGGCUGAGGUGGAUGCCACCCUUGGUGUGGAGACCAUAUUGAAACGUCACCAGACAGACCCUCUUCAAUGGGAUGUAGAUUUUAACAGUCCAGAUUUUGCCCACAUCCGUGCUGACAGAGAUCAGAUAAAAGCCUCUCACCUGAUCUGUUGCCUGCCCAUCACAGUCAUGUCAGGGAGGGGUGGGUGUGGGAAAACUACUGUAGUCACCACACUGUUAAAACAUCUUUGUGAUCAGGAGGAGAGUAAAAUCCAGGACCAGAAGCUUUUAGACUAUGAUGAGUGGGACGAAAGUCUGGCUAGCUCACCCCCACCCACACAGCUGGCCAGCUCACCCCCACCCACACAGCCAAGUUUAGAGAAAGUGCCUGAAAGUCUGGCCAAGUUUCAAGUGGCAGAGUCAGGGGAAGACAAUUCAUCCAGCAAUCAGGUGAAAGGCACCAAGGAUUGUUUAGGCCACACAAGGUGCUAUAGUCAGGAAUCUGGUGCUAAUCAGAGUUUAACCAAACACCAGCUGUCAGGAGAUGGUCAUCCAUUGUCCAAUAGUCAAGUGCCUGACCCCCCUGUGGUAGACCCCCACAAUCCUGACCCCCCUGUGGUAGACCCCCACAAUCCUGACCCCCCUGUGGUAGACCCCCACAAUCCCCACCCAAAGCCCCGGUCACAGAAAGAGAACCUUCAAGCAGAGGUUGUAUCAGACCUGAUAAAAAUUUUGAACCAUUCUAAACCUGACGAUUGCUCUGAGCUACAGGAGUUCAAAGGUCAAAUUUUGCUGACAGCUCCCACGGGUAAAGCUGCAAGACUUCUUGGGUGUAAGGCCAAGCUACCCUCUGCCACUCUACACAGUGUCAUCAUGAGCUGGAGGAUGCACCUUAAGGAAUCUCGCGAUCGGCCGUGGAAAUACGCCAAUGUUCAAGUACAGAAAUUAAAAACUUUUCCCAUCAGUUUUAAUCCCAGUUGAAGUUAGUAGUGUUUAUAUGAUUGAUUA